AGUUCAUAUGGUUCCUCUCGCAGGUUGAUCUUAACGUAUGCAAAAUUUAACAAAAUUUCAGUUCUUGAUAUGUUGAAUUCUGAGCUCUUUCUCGCUAGGGAAGAUGAAGGUAAUGAGUUUGACCUUAUGAAGAGACCCAUGUUGGGGUUUCAAAAAGAAUGCAAUUCUGCAGCCUCAGAACAGGAAGGUGAAGUUGAAGAUGAAGGGAAAGAAGAAGUAAGGAGCAUUCCAGUAAGAACGGGGCGAAAGAAUAAAGAAGACACAGGCACAGCGGUUUCUGAGAAGAGCGGCAACACCGGGAAGCUGUCUUUGGGAGAAUUUGAGGUAACCGUCGGUGAGAAUGAUGAGGGAUUCAGAACUCCGACAUCUCAGGAUCACAGAAUUCCGGUGGUCAAAGAAUGCCCGCCUGCACCAAGAAAACCGAAGCCUCCGUCGAGGAAAAGGAAAGCAUCCCCCAAUACCGGAACGAGACUGCAACUGCUUGAUCUAACCGAAGAGGUCGAAUCCUUGUUCCCCAAACCUGAUUUUCAUCGUAACAACAAAAAAGCUCGAAGAGAAGAGAAUUAAUAAUUUUAUUUUUACUUACCUGGUUUCUUUAUGUACAAUGAUGAGAGAAUUAUGUUGGUGCCUAUUAAUUGUGAACUUGUGAUGAUUAUUAUCUUUGGAUAGAAUUCGGACUUUUAAUCCGAUUGAUUGUGAUUAAUAAACAAAGAAUAUGCAUUUCUUUUUUUAUUCGUUCUUCUUGUUUUGGAAUUUUUUGUGUGGGGUUUGGUCUAAGACACUGAUUAUGAUGAUGAAGAUGCUGCAAAGUGCAAAGAUAAAGUUGCAAAAGAUGACGCAUUAAAGCACAGAGAUCUGUAAGUUCCGACUUUAUUGCAGCUCAGCUUCUUUUUAUACUCAAGGUGUUUAUGUAGGACUGACAAAUCCAGAAUCUACUCUAGGGGAAGGAAUAAAACUGAAGAUUUAAU